CGAGUUUCGAUCGUGCGCCAGCGGGAGUAAGGGAGUAUUGAACCGUAGUAUACUAUUUCACCGCCAUAGUCAAUUACAACCGAGCACACGCGUUGCAAUGUACUCGUAGUGCGCUCGCACGACACCAUCGAAAAAAGGAGCUUCUCUAGCAAGUUUUCCGCGCCCGUUUCGAGUCAAUUACGCACGCCGCCACCGUCCGCGACCAAUUUCGCAGCCGUUUUCAUUCAGCAUAAUUCGCGCCGAGCUCCGCACCUGCAAAGCAUGCAACAGUUGAUGAAGUAAUGAAUAAUAACUAGUGCAAUUAGUGCGGGAUAUGAUGUGUGAUGUGGUGAGUGUCCUAACGGUCCCGGGGGUGGAAUGUGUGUAAACGGUGGGCCUGGCGGGGCCACCAGAAGGAUCACAGCGCGACAUGGGGCAUCGGUGCACGGUUUUGGGGCUGCUUGCCCUGCUGGCGCUCGUCGGCGGCGUCGUCGACACUGAGGAUAAUGCAAAGAGCCAAUUCGAGGCUGCGUUUCAAGGGCGAUGUAAUCAUGGCAGCCCUUGUAUGCAAUUGUGCUACGAUCUGCACGAUGGGAUGUACGAGUGCGACUGCCGUCCCGGCUACACGCUGCACGCCGACGGCUACAGUUGUUACGAAGUAAAUACGACAGGAUCGCCACUAGAAAACGAAAUAGUCAAUAUCGAUAAGGAGUACUACUUAGCCAAUAAUUUGAACAAUGAAGAAGAUAUUUUGUACCAGAAGGAUGCGGAGCUGGACGCCGAAUUCAGCGCCGGAGAGAACUACACGGACAUAUACAAAUUGCAGUUCUAUAAUGCGACGGAGAGCGGCGGCGGCGGCGGUGGAGGAAGCACCACACAAGCGCCGCGCUUAGAACAAAAGCUUACCGAGAUAUCGACGCAGGCGAGAGCCACCGCUCCCAUCGCCACCGAACGACCAUGUCCGCUCGAGUGCGGCGCGGGCGGUGGAUGCGUCCUGCGGGACGCCGAAGAGCCGGUCUGCCUCUGCCCGCUGGGACGCGGCGGACUGCGCUGCGAAAAAGAGGUGGAAAUUCGCUCGCCGCGAUUCACCGGUUCCAGCUGGCUGGCUUUCCCGGCGCUGCGCGGCGCCUACAAGCACGUGCAAGUGACGCUGGAAUUGCGACCGGAAGCCUACGACGGCAUCUUCUUCUUAACUGGGGAGCGUGACGACAUGGCCGGGGAUUUCAUGGCGCUGCUGUUACAUCAAGGCUUCGUCGAAUUCAGAUUCGACUGUGGGUCGGGCGUCGGCGUCGUGCGCUCCGAGGAGACUGUCCUGCUGAACCAGUGGAACCACAUCACGCUGUAUCGCCAUAGAUGGGACGCCUGGGUGCAAUUGAACGGCGGCAAGCACGUGCAGGGCCGGUCCAAAGGCCUCUUCUCGCGCAUCACGUUCCGCGAGCCGUUGUUCAUCGGCGGCGCUGGCAACACUACUGGACUAUCGGAGAAACUGCCCGUUGCCGGUGGGCUGAAAGGAUGUAUUCGACAUCUGGAGGUCAACGAUCAUCUCUACAAGUUUGCGUUGGAGCCGCAGGGGGAGGCCUCUAAGGGUUAUGGUAUAGAGGAAUGCACAGCGGAUCGCUGCAGCCGCGUGCCCUGUCAGCACGGCGGUAAAUGCCUGACCAACGAAGACUCAGCGGUAUGUCUCUGCCCGCUGGGCUUUUCCGGUGACCUCUGUGAGAUCCGCGUCGACCUGCAAGUGCCGUCCUUCAAUGGUUCCAGCCACUUGCGUUACCGCGGGCUGGGUGACGACGCCCUGACCUGGCUGGACCUCGAAGUAACACUCAAACCAAACGCCGAAGACGGACUGCUACUCUACAACGGGCAUCGCACUGACGGUAUGGGUGACUUCAUGGCACUCUACCUCAACGAAGGAUUCGUCGAGUUCGCCUACGACCUAGGCACGGGCGCUGGCAUCGCGCGCACUCAGCACAAGAUCUCCCUUGGGGAAUGGCAUCAGAUAAGAGUGUCACGCACGGGUCGACUGGCGAUAUUAGAGGUCGAUAGUCAACUGCCCGCGGAGGUGAUGUCCCCGGGCGCGUUCACACAACUCUCACUGCCGCAGAAUCUCUAUCUAGGUGGUGCGCCAAACUUUGGGGCCGUUUCGCCCGAGGUGCGAAUUCGAAGAGCUUUUGUUGGUUGCGUGCAAAAGGUCACCAUCAACGGUAGGCAGAUACCGAUUCUGGCGGAGGCGCUAGGUGGCGCUAAUGUUGACAACUGCCCACAUCCAUGUGUUGCACGUCCCUGCGGCGAAGAUGGCGAAUGUAUUCCUGAGUUGGACUACUUUACGUGCAAAUGUCGGCCUGGGUAUAGGGAUCAGCUGUGUAGCCGCGGCCCGCCUUCGUUUACCGGCGUCGACAGCUACUUGCAUUUUAACGAUGCUUCGACGCUUGCCACGCUCGUCUCGGACCCGUUGGACAUUAACGUCCGCUUUAAGGUGUCCACAUCCGACGGGCUGCUGCUGUGGAUGGAUUCCGGCUCCGGCGAUUUUCUCUCGUUGGGGUUGGAGCACGGGGCGUUGGUGCUGCGUUAUACCGUACGGGCGGAGGAAAUUGUGGUCGUUCACAACAUUACUACCGUCCACGAUAAUCUCUGGCAUCGAGUCCGUGCAGUCAGAAACGGAGGCUCUGGAAUUUUAGAAGUAGACAACGGCCCGACAUUAACUCGCCAGAGUGUAGACUUACCACACCCGCGGGCGACGCAAGAAGGCCUCUUCGUCGGCGGCAUCCCUGACGUGACGCUGAGCACAGGUGGGCGGUACACCCACGGCGUACGCGGCUGCGUUGCCGAUUUGGUGCUCAACACGGAUUAUCACCUGCAACUCGUAGGUCACACGGCUGCCAGCCGCAAUGUCGGCGAAUGCGAGCUGUAAACGCUGCAUUUUUAAUCCGACCACAUCAAAAAACCUAACAAAAAAAAACAAAAAUGCAUUAUCAUUCUUUUCGGUUCACUAAAUUAAAAGACAAAAAACAGCAAAGCAGCCAUGCAUCGGACGAUCUCUAAGUGUAAAAUGCAUGAAAAUAAGAAAAGAAAUGAAGAAAAACCAAACGAUUUAACUAAAUAAGGCUGACUACACUUCGGGAGCUAUUAACACUAACGCGAAGUUUAUCAAAAGUAACCUAAGGAGUAACAUUAAAGUAAGACAAGAUCACGACAGUUGGAGUUUGAGCGUGGAGCAAACAAUUUCAAGGAUGGAAGACCGAAUAUCGAUCGAUACGAGAAUGAAAGGAGCGACGAAAGCAGAAGCAGGAGCCCACUACGUAUAAAUGAAAACUAAACAAAACUAAAACAAGUAAUAGAGUUAAAUAAAUAUUGUGUGUAUAGCCCGUUCAAUUCGGGUGUCUAAUAAGGAUUUGUGUUAGGAGAUAUUUGUAGAUAGGUUGUCUACUUCUUUGAAAGGGCACUCUGAAAAGCACAUACCGAAGACCGCGAGCAGUGGCCACUCCGCCACCGCAUUAUGUUUUUUCUACUUACAUUACGUUUAUAUCUUUUGUAUAACUUGUACUGCAGUUCAUCAGAACACACUCUAUACAUAUAGAAACCAAAAAAAAAAACAAAGUAAAAACAAAAACACGCAACGUGACGCGAUGGAAUCAGGAUAACGCAAUCCUUAGCACAAAUGUACCUUACCCACUUUCAUCAUAUCAUUAUAGUUAUUAGUGAAACUUGCGCAAACGAAAAACUAUUCUUUGUCUAUUACGAACACGAAAAAUCAAAAAAGAUAUCAAUGCGACACAACGACACAAUUAUUGCUACGAGAAGUGCACACAUACACCUACACACACACACAAAAAGACACCACAAGUCAAUUGUUGCACCACGUUUGUGAGGAAUUUAUAUUAUGUAUAACUUAUGGCGGACGUACUUGUGGCAUCCUGAUUCUAUACAACUACCAGAAGCAAAAAGUCCAAGUCGGAGCGAAACGUGAAGCAAAUCUUACAGCAAACUGCAUGGAGACAUCUCAACCGUUUACAAUUAUUAUUGCAAUAAGAAUAUGAGUAGGUUCUAUUCGGUCCAGUGUAAAAUUCAUAUUGUUAUAUAAUACGUAUGUAUAUGAAUACCUAAUUUGUACAGGUAGUCUAAUUUGUGUGUUAAAUAACAAAUCGCUUUUGACUUAA